UGUGUGUGUGUGUGUGUGUGUACAUUUCCUUGUGUUUGUGUGGGUACAUGUACAUGUGGGUGUGAGUGUACCCAAGUGAACAGAAGUCAGAAGUCAGCUUGGCAGUUGCUCCUCAGGUAGGCCAUCCUCAUUAUUUUUUCAGACAAGGUCUCUCAUUAACUGGCUGUUGGCCAAGUAGACGAGGCUAGCUGACCAGUGAGUCCCAGGAUCUGUCUGUGUCUCUUCCACAAUCUAAUAUUAAUAGCAGGUGUGGCUGGCCUGGGGUUUUUUACCUGAGUUCUGGAGAUGAACUUAGGUCCUCAAGCCACAUGGUCAGCAAGUUACCCGCCAAACUACCUCCCUAGGCCCAGGGUGUUUGGUUUUUGAUUUUUGGUGUUUGGUUUUAUUUCUGAUUUCUUUGAUCUACUUUUCAGGAUAUCUUGGGAUUUUUGUUUGGAAUUUUGUCUUUGGGUUUUUAUUUUUCUUUGAUUUAUUGAGUCUUGAGGUUUUCUUAUUUCUUUUCAGUUUGGCCUCUUUUACUAUUUUUGGCUUUUUAUUCAUUUGCUGUCAGUAGUUAUUGAAUACAGUUUACACAGAUUUGGCUUUUGUGCCACUUUGGGUUGGUUUUUGAUUUCGAUCUUCUAUGGUUUUCCUGGUCGUAUUUAUUCCUGUUGGAGUUUCUUCCUCCUUUGUGUACGUUGGAAUGCUCCGCUCGCUCAUUCCUUCUUUCCUUUCUUUGAGUCUUUUUAUGUCACUCUUUCUUUGUUUCAGGGAGUGUCAAUUCCCAGCGCUGGUGAGCUGUCCCACCUUACAGCCUUGUCCGGGGGAUUUGGUUUGACUUUUCUUGGCUUUGGAGCAUUGUAGUAAUCUGGCUGCCAUGUCUUUAGUCAGAGAGGAGGAGGAGGAGUCAGAAGGGCCCAGCCCGGGACCCACCUUCUUGGAAGAAGAAGAAAACUUCCAUUCUCAAUAUAUCCUGAUGAGGACCAUUGGCCAAGGGAAGCACGCCAAGGUCCUCCUGGCCCACCACCGCCUGACGGGCCUCCCGGUGGCCGUGAAACUGCUUCUGAAAAGGAAGCAGCGGUGCAGGGUGUCGACCGAGGUGAAAAUCAUGAAGAUGGUCAGACACCCCAACAUCAUAUCACUCAUCCAAGUGACUGAAUCUGAAAAGCAAGCGUUCCUUGUGAUGGAGCUGGCCCGGGGACAGCAGCUGUUUGAAUUCGUCCGUCAGGCUGGCUGCCUGCAGGAGGACAAAGCCCGGGCGAUAUUCCGGCAGAUACUUAGCGGUGUGGGGUACUGCCAUGACAACGGCAUCGUGCACCGGGAUCUGAAGCCGGACAACAUAAUGAUAACCGAGGGGGAAAAGGUCAAAAUCCUUGACUUCGGGAUCAGCACCCUAUUCGAGCCAGGGCAAGAACUGACUUCUCACUACGGGACUUACUUAUAUGCUGCCCCGGAACUUUAUCUCGGGGAAAAUUACUACGGCCCCAAGGUCGACGUCUGGACCUUAGGGGUGGUGUUGUACUUCAUGGUAACAGGCAACACCCCAUUUAGAGCAAACUCCCUCAAGGAGCUCCGGGCGCAGAUCCUGGUAGCCAAGUAUCACGUCCCCAGUUGGAUUUCAGAAGAGCUCCGGGACCUCCUCGGGCACCUACUGACCGUUAACCCAACACUGAGACCUACGGUGAACGAAGUGAAAUGUCACCCCUGGCUUAUGGAAGAGGAGGAAGACUUACUGGAUGACUGGGAGGACAUGAUCCCCAGCCAGGCGGACCCCGCCAUAGUGCGAGCCAUGGAAGCCCUUGGGUUUAGUGCCCAGGACAUCAACAGUUCCUUAGUCCACCGAAAAUUCGACCAAACCAUGGCGUCCUAUUGUCUGCUCCACAGCCAGGCCCGCCAGGAGCAAGGGCUCCCCACCCAGGCUCCCCCGAAGAAUCCGGGACUGACACCGUUCCCCACCCCUGAGGACCCCACUCUCCCUCUGGCACCAAGGAGGAGGCGAAGUGAGCCAGCGCUGAGCGAACUGCUGUGUCCACCCUCCGGGGACGAGAUGGCCGACUGGGGCCGGAGGGCGGAUCGAAGACCAGGCAGAAGUGACAGCAGACCUGCCAUUGCUCUCUGCAACAUGAGGAGCAUAGCCGGCCGACGCACCAUG